AUGAAGCCUGGAGAAACCAUUUCAGAAAUGAGCAUAAAAUUUACUGAUCUGUUGAAUGUUCUCAAAGCUCUUGAAAAGGAAUUCAUUGAAGAAGAAUUAGUCAAGAAAGUCUUGAGGUCACUACCUAAAUCAUGGGAAACAAAAGUGACAGUGAUCUUUGACACCAAAGACUUCUCCAAAUUCACUUACGAUGAGCUUAUUAGUUCUCUUAUUGCUCAUGAAAUGCUUUAUUGUAUGGCGGGUGGUGACACUUCCAAAGAGAGCCGCAAGCGAAAAAGGGAGGUUUCUGGAAAGUUACAAGUCAUGAAAGAGGCUACUGCCACCACUGCUCAGACACCUCGACGAGACUCGUUAGAAGUACCGAGCUCUGCUCCUCGAUUUUAG